AUGCGGGAACUGGAGAAGCAUAAUGAAUUUCUUAAUUCAUUUCUGCCUUUCUCUCCUCCUUUAGCAGCUUCUUCGCCGUGUUCUUCCCUAAAAAAUUGCAGCAAUGACAGCCUCAACACCAGCAGCAGCGACAGCCUCCACACCAGCAGCAGCAACAACAGCAGUGUUAUCGAGGAGACAUUGAAUGGCCCAUUAGGUCCAACGUUAAAAAAGAGGAAAGUCGCAGGUGAAUGCAGAAAAGUGAGCUUGGAGGUGGAUGGUGUGUUGGCAAAGUACCACGCGACCCUUUCCUGUGUAUUAGGCAAUAGUUUUUUGCAUGGUACCGAUGAGGAGAGAGGGAAGGUCUCAGAAACCAUAUCCGAAGUGGUCAAUUUGGUCAUGGAGGCACGAGGAGCUAAGAAAGGACUAACAGAGCUCCUCUUGCCAACAACGCAUCAGCGUCUGCUAGAAAGUAUGCGAGUGCCUGAUUGGGUCUUGCUCUAUUUUAAGUUGCAAGCCAAAUUACCAGAUGCUGCAUGGCAAACACUGCUCAACCUUACUCAGCUUGGAAGAAGUGGGGUAAGCUUCACCUUAUAUACUGUUUUGAAAAUAUAUGUUUAUUCAAGCUUAAAUUAAUUUACAGCCAAAAAAUUCCAUUUUGUUAUCAACAAAGUAAUUUUUGUCACACCUGAGACACUGGGUGUCUAUAUCAUUAACUUCCCCUCACAACUCACCUUACAGAGGACGAGCCAAGGGUUUGCCGUGAUGUGGUUUUGCAGAAAAUUUUAUUUUAAGUUACAGUAUUGUGGCUUUACAAAACCAAGGGUUUGCAGUAUUUAGAAAUUUUCAGGUAAUUUCAAUGUGGUUUGCUGUGUCGUCUUUAUGCAUAUAAUUUCUGUAUGGUUUUGUGGUGUUUGUACCCCCUUAUGACCCACUCCAUCCAGGUAUGACCUCCCCCUUAAGCUCCCCAAAUAAUAAUAAUAAUAAUAAUAAUAAGUUAUUGUACUCUUUCCCCCAAAAGAUUACUAUUUAUUGUGAACUUUUAGAAACUCCCAACAGCCUUUGAUCCAUUCCUUCACUUUGAAAUUGUUGAAAUAAAAUAAAUUGAAAAAAAAAAUACUUGUGACAAUCAAAAAUGGACAGUACACACAGAGAAAUAACUCCAUAUAAGUGCCUACUGUUUUGUUUACUAAUUACAAAGAAAUAAUUUAGAUUCAUGUCUAAAAUUUUGAUGUACUAGUAUUUUUGCUUGUUUUCAGCGUGCCAGUGACACUGCAGUUCUCUUGACCAAAAAUGAGAUCAGGGCAGUAAAAAAGCUAGUUUUUAAGGUUGUACGUACAACCCUGUCUAUUAAAAAGAUGGACACUGACUUCCAUUCCUGUGGUGUGGACCUUGCCUCCGUAUUGGUUUGGGCAAUAAGAGAACAACGUCUGUAUUCUCCAGAUAUAAGCGACCUGAUGGAGUUUAACAUAAAACUUGAUGGACGCUCACUUGGAGGUAAGAAUGGUGACACUUUUAUUGUGAUGCACAAUAAGCCGCGUAUGUGUUUUUCUUAGCACCUACUGUGGCUUAACAAAGAAUUACAUUGAAGUUAUUUUAAAAAAAAUAAUAUGUAUCAUUUCAAUCAUGAUUGAAAAUUUUGGGAAACUUCUCACCUUUUUGAUUGAUUGUAAAGUUAAAUGUUUGUUUGCUACUUUUUAGGCAGGAAUCAAGUGGCUGCUGGGCUUAUGCCUAUAGACUUUGAAAACAAAAGCUCACAAAGUGCCCUUUCUGUGUAUCCAUUGGCUAUUGCCAAUUGUCAGGAAACGAGGUUAUGUGGCCAUCAUUAUAAUUAUGAUAAUACAUAUUUACUCAUCAUCUUUUAACAAACUUGCUGUUGAACCUGUCCUCUGCAUGUACUGAUAAUUAAGUCCUUAAGCUGGUAUAAUGAGUAUGUGGUUAAAUAAACAAGUAGUGCUGCAUGUUGAAAGCAGGAUUAACAUAAUCCAGGAUAAGCAAAAAAUUGAUCCAGGGUGAAACAGCCAUGAGUUCGUAGAAUAAGAGUGGUUUAAAAGUUAUUCCUCCAUCUCUGUUUGUCCUUUCAAUUAGAAGACUGUCAGUGACAGUCUUUAAUCCCCAAGUGUGAAUUAUCAACAAAAAUUAAAUGUGAAUUAUCAACAAAAUUAUUAUUACUAUUAUUAUUUAUAUUACUAUUAUAAAUCAUAUUAUUACAAUUAUCAUUAUUAUUGAAUUAUUAUUAUUACCGGUAAUGUUAUUGAAUUCUUCCCAAUCUUUUCUUUACUUAUUGUAGAGAGGAACUAAGACAACUGAUCUCUAAUUUGAAUGCCCAGAAAGACGAAAUUAAAAAGAAUGGAAUCAUUGUAGAUGGAAAAAAGUACUACAUCAACUUUACAGGUAUUAUGAUAUGGUUCAAAAGUAAAAUGCACUAUUGUACUAUAUAAUGUAAGACAGGCUGCAUAAUUAAUUUGAGCAUUUUACUAUUUGGAAAAUGUGAAUCUCUUAACUAGUCUUCUUAUAGGAGGUGGUUGUUAUUUGUUUUUGCACUGAUCGGAGUAAAUGAAGUGGUACAGUCGACUCCCAAUAACUCGACCCUCCAAGGGAAAUAGCAAAAGGUUCGAGUAAAAUAACAUGGGUAAAAUAACAUUGGAAAAUGACCUGAGAGGAAACGAAAAUUGGUUCGAGUUCUUGGAAGUCGGCUGUCUAACACAAGAAGUGGAUCUUUGAUAGGAUACCAUGUACUGCACAUAGGAAGUAAAUAAAUAAGAGCAAUAAUGACGUUAACUCUUCAUACUGCCACAUUUCAGGUCCAUUUUACUUUCCUUCAUUGUCAUUUUUUCCUGAUGAAAAGUUUUUAUUUGCAGUUACCCUUGACUACAAAGCUCUUCUACUUUUACUGCAAAAGGGUGAUGAUGAAGACUUUCUUCUUGGUGGGAAAGGGUAUGAUGAAUUCUGCGCUUUCUGUGAUGCCAUAAGGGUAAGUAUACGAAAAUAUUUGAGAUUGUUACCCAGAUUUGAUUUGUAUGUCUUAUUUCCCAGUACAUACCUACUUAAAGAUGAUUUCACCCAUGAUUAGCUCCAAAAGGGGAAUUGUUAAAUACCAAUUUUUAAUUAUUCAAAUUAAUGUGUUUGAUCUCCAGGGAUGCACAUGUCAUGGAGUUGAGCCUGAUGAAACCUGCCUUGACUGUUUAAGAUCUAAAGCUAACAUUGGCAGGUAAUUAAGAGAUCAUGUUUUAAGAGUCUGUCUGGUUUCUUGAUCUUCAGAAACAAAUUGCAAUAUCUGUUUUCUGAAUAUGACUAGUUUUUUGAGUAAAAAGAGCAACAACUGCAGCAACAAGUCAAUUCAUACCAAGAACAUGACUGAAAGGAGAGCACAAACAUUCAUGUAGGGAAAAACAGGAGAUAAUGAAAAAAAAAAUGUGAUACGUACCUUCAUUUUCAACAAAUAAAAUUGUAUGUGACAGCAUAACUAUUUCCAGCCCCGUCAAAAUGGCAAUUUUGCCACUUUUAUUGGAGUAUUUGCCACCUACUGAACAUAUUUUUGUUUUAUUGAUAAACCAAACAAGUUUAGGCCUAUAGAAUGCUGCCUGCUUUAGUUUGCUUACCUAAAUACUGUAAAACAUUUUGACCAGGCUAGUUGCUGUCAUGAUUUUACAGAUUGAGGAAUGGUGUUGUGUAAUUUAAUCUUAAGGCCUACAGGUCUAAGAGAUGACCUCACAUUUCUGUUGGAAGAAGAGCUCAGCAACAUCAAUCUUUGUUCAUUGCAUUGCGAGAUGCGUAACUGUGAGCAGCUUCUGGGCUCACUGGGACUGUUUGCUCACCGUGUUGGCUCUUUGGACUCUCUCAAUAAAGCCUUGUCUGACCAUGGGCCAGAAAGCUGCAAAGGCUUCCCUCGGGUGACAGUUAAACUAAAACCUGGCCAGCAAACAGAAGUGGAGAGGCACAACAUCAAAGUAGCAUCCUUUUCAGGUUGGCUUACUGAAAAUUUGCUGCAGUUGUUCUUUAAUAGGGACCAAUUUUUUUUUAAAUUUACAUGAUUUCUGAUAACUUUUAGAGAAGAUUAUUUACUUUUUCAAAAAAGAAAACUGCUGCCAACCGUCUUAUAUUUCAGUAACGACAGUCUUGUAAUGCAUAUAAUAAUUUGACCCAGCCUCAAUAUUAUUAGACAUGUAACAUGUCUUUCUGAUAAAAAUUUGCUGCAGUUGUUCUUUAAUAGGGACCAAUUUUUUUUUAAAUUUACAUGAUUUCUGAUAACUUUUAGAGAAGAUUAUUUACUUUUUCAAAAAAAAAAACUGCUGCCAACCGUCUUAUAUUUCAGUAACGACAGUCUUGUAAUGCAUAUAAUAAUUUGACCCAGCCUCAAUAUUAUUAGACAUGUAACAUGUCUUUCUGAUACUUAGACAAUGUUUUGUGAGUGAAGGAGAAACAGAGAAGAACUCCUCAGUAUUUGAAAAUCCAGCUCAAAACCAUUAAUGUAAAUGAGAAACACAUUUCAGGGUUGUCUUGUUUGAAAACUGGCAAGUCGACUACGACAUCAACAAGACGACUUAGUAGGAAAUGGUCCUACAUGUAUAUACAUAUAUUAGUACACUGUCUUAAAAAAUUUAAACCUGUUGUGAUAGUCUGAUAUUAUGGGUUUUGUAAAUUCAUCACAUUUUUGUUAUAAUAAUAAUAAUAAUAAUAAUAAUAAUUAUUAUUAUUAUUAUUAUUAUUUCUUUUGUUUUUAAUAUUGUUAUUAAAUUCACUAAAUUUCAUGGUUGUUUUACAGGAUCAUUUGAAAGAGAAGUUCUCAAGCAUUUUGAGACCAUUGUGGAGAGAUCACUGCCAGUGGACAAAGUAACAAAUUAUUACCAACAGUGCCCUGGUUCUGGAAAGCAACUUAUCUUAGAUUAUGUCACAUUCUUUGAAGAGCGAAAAAUGGUUGGUGCACCAUGGACAACAUUUAAUGUGAUGACAAUGCAAUGAUCAUGUCAAUCGUUAAACAGCUUCUGCCAUUGUUUUGUCAUUACACCCUCUUUGCCACCUUUACAUGACUUUGUUACAAAUUAAGCUGGCAGUCUUUCUGUCUUUUUCUUCAUCAAAAGAACAUGGUAUCUUAAGAUGUUUCUGCCUGUUCAUGAUCUUUAAUAUUGUUGGCUUCUUUUCCCUUUACAGCUGGAUAUGUGCUGACCACUCAUGAUUAAAGUAUUAGUUUCCAUGCUUUUUUUACUAUUAAGUUGUCUAAUUUUUUGCAGUACAUCACUGACCUGCUGGAAUGUGGAGAAAUAACUCGUGAUUAUGGUGUUAAACAGGAAAUGGCUAAAAUUGAGGAAAAUAGUGGUAAGAAUUUAAAAAUCUUAAAUGGUAUCUGGAUUUGCAGCACUACAGCAGUGGGGCUCUACAUAUCACUUAAUCAGUUAAGUGACUUAAUUAUAUUACUUUCUGGCAAGGGUUCAACUUGUUCAUAAAAAUAUUUUAACAAGUUCCUGCAUGUGUUAAUUUUUAAAGGGAAUAACAUUGAAACAAAUUUACACACAUUAAUUAUUUUAGAUUUUGAAAAGUUUCUAACCAGUCGAAGAGAAGAAUGGGAGACAAGACAAAAGGAGGUUGAGGCAAAGUUCCUGGAGUUAAGUAGUUUGUCAGAUAAACUUGCAGCUGUUCCAAGUGAGCCUAAGAAGAGGAAGAGGAAAGCAAAAUCAGAUAAUUGCCCUCAAGUGCAGCAAGAUCCUUUUGCAUCCUAUGCAGCUGAACUUCAAGUUUGUUUUUUCAGAAAGGUAAUUUUAUAUUAUUAAUCAAUUUUUAUAAGGUUUUUUAUUAUUGUGUGCUGUUAAUACUUUCAUUUUUCAACAAAAUUUAUUUUUUUUCUUGAUUCAUAAAUCCAGAUCAAGCACUCUCAUCAUUAUUAAUUUAUUGGUUUGCAAAAUUUACUUCCUUUAAUUUUUUGGUCAGCAUUGUAACAUGGAAUUGUUUGCCUCUCAGUCAUUGUCAUUUUGUUUUCGACCUGUGCACUGGAAUUAAAUCAAAGAGUGAUCAACCAGAAAACAAAACUUGAAAUAAAUAUGCAUUUAAAAAUGCCUCCCUGGAAAUUGACUUAAGAGUGCAGUACUUUUGUUAGAGAUUGUAUGUAAAGGUUCUGCAUUUUUGGAAAUAUUCCUCUUUCAUUUUCCAAAAAGGUCUGCAGUGACUGGAGGGAUAUUGCGUUGACGAUCCGUGACAAAGUAUUUGCUGAAGAUGAAGAACAGCUUAUUGAUAUACAUGAUGUUAAGGUGAGCUGUUCUGUGAUUUAUUUUGGUAAUAUAAUUUCUGAUCUGUGAUAUGUGUAAUAAUGUACGUUGCAGCAUAGAACUGUUUUUUUUUUCCUUAUUUUUCGAACCUAUUGUCCACUGUAACUGUUUUUUUUUGGGGUACUUUAUUAAAAAACUUUUUUUUUAAAUUUUUUAGUGUAAAGAGUGGGGGUUCCUUUUAAAAAAGCUAUUUGGCAUGCAUCUUGGCACAGGGGACUAUGGCCACCUGGUUAUUGAUCACAGUGCAAUGCUGCUGCGCAAUUUCCGUUCACUGUACAAGUAUUCUGGGCAAGGUUUUGAGUCGUCCCACAAACUACACCGUAAUCUGUACUCAAAGGCAACCAAUCAUGAUUCAUCUGCACCAGGACAGUCAUGUAAGACUUAGAUAGUCACAUUAACAAGCUUUAGUUCAUGUUUUUGUAAUUGUAGUUUUCCUUUUCAUUUUGUAACUUUCCAUUUAUUUUGUAAUAAUGUACUCAUCAUCAUUUUCGAGUUAUGUUAAUGUCAACUUACAAAACUAAAGCUGGGGAGCCUUAAUUAACAUAAGCUUCAUAGUUUUGUCUAGGCCUCCUUGCCAUUGUUAUCUCUAUUCUUCUUAUUCUUCUUAUAUUAAUAUAUGUUAUUGUAGUGCAGCAAAAUAAAAAUAAACAAAUAAAUAAACAAAUGUUUAUGCCGCUUUUAUGUUAUAUGUAGCAAUUUGUAAACAUUUUUUAAAUGAACACAUUAGGCCACAAUGCCCACAUGUCUUCAUGGGCAGUUGUUACACGUGCUUACAAAAUGCGACAACAAAUUUGAGUGCCUCAUUAAAGGGAAGCUUUUGAUUCGUAAGCUCAAACCCACCUUACAAAUUUUGUAAUUAAAGGUAUCUAAAAAGAAAAUUUACAUAUAGUAAAAAUUUCACACUAAUUGCUCUUUUUGUAUAUAUCAUUUCAGUGGAUCAAAUUCUUACCCACUGGUUUUCAACCAUGCUGUUGUCAUUAAGAUAUACUUUUCGUGAAGCCAAGAACUGCAUUAUGCUUGGUGAGUUUGAUAUGCAUUUUGAUGCCUGGUGAUGGUAAAGAUGACAAAUAUAUAUGUUGUAGUUAAUUUUUUAUCUCAGGUAACUUUUAUUUUUCUUUUGUUUUUGGGUAUGUUAAUGUAUGCUAAUGAAGUUUGAACAAAAGAAAAAUAAAAAUUACCUGAGAUAAAAAAUUAACUACAACAUAUAUAUAUCUGGACAAACCUUCAAAUAGUCUAAUUGAGUAAUAUUUUGCACUUAAAAAAAAAGUUCUUUAUUAAUUUUUAUAAAUGUUGUAAUACUAAUAUUGUUUGGGCACAAAUGCAACAGAUUAAAUGCAAGGAUCAUAAUUAAUUUAUCUGCAAUCAUUAUAUCCACAUGUCAAAAUCAUUUCAUGAUAAAUUAAGAAAAUUAUACUUACCCUUCACAUUUCAUUCCUCCCUCCUAGAAAGCAUAUCAUCCAUCAUGACAUUGUGCGAAGACAGUAAUUUGCUCAUUAUGUUUCAUUCCAUUUGCUUUAGGAAAGAAAAAGUUCUCCUUCCGUGGAUCUGGAUGGAAGGCAAUUAGCACUGCCAACUGGUCCCAGGAGCAUAAGGAUUGGAUUUUAACAAUAGACAAUUUGUUUACUCAGCUAUUGGGUGAAGACUUCUUGAGGUAUGUUUAUGAUAAAGACAAGGGAACAAGUGUUGAUGAACACAUUCUUUCAACCCUUGUUGAUUACAAUCAUGAUCAGUGGGAGAGUGAAUAUUUAAGCCAGCCAACAACAGCAAUGCAAGACAUGCCUUCAAAGGGUCAUGGUCCCAAACAUCCUACACAGGAUACUUCCCAAAAACCUCCCAAAAAGAUCUGCCUUGAAAAUGAAACCUCCCAAAAGAAGGUUAUUAUCCUAGAUGAAGAUGACACUGAGGAGGCAAACUGCUCCAACAAUGGCAGUGAGAUCAACUGUCUUCUGCCAUAUCUACAGCAUCCACUAGAGCUGAACUAGCUGCACUAGCCACUUUAAUUCCCCCAGUAUCCUCUUUUACUGGUUCCCUAUCCCCAAUGCUUGGUCAAGGAGCUGGUAGUGAUUUGUUAUUUACAAAUCCCUUCUGUGUGGUUCAACGUCCAUGCCAAGCAGUCAUUGAAAGAGCUGAAGCUCUCCUAACAGAUGAAAGGAAAAAAGGUAACAGUCCAUUUGGUGUUGUUAUACCAGGGCUAGGCCAGUUCUCUAAACAAGGCUUGAGAAUUCUGAAAAAGUUUUGUGCUAUUUCUGAAACAAAACACAAGGUAUCUUCAGAAGCUAGGUGGCUCAGUGAUGUAAAUUGCACACAAAGAGAGCUGGAAUGUCUUCAAACAGUUUUAUGGAACAAACCAACAGGAAGUCGAAUUCUGGUAUGUGACCACAAGGCUAUUGAUGUCCUUUCUUUCUCAGAUCUUACUGAAGAAAGGUACAUUGAUAGCUUUGUUAUUGAUGUUUCCAUAAGCAAAUACAUUGAAGAAAGCUACUUAAAAGGGCAAGAGGACACAUUGUAUUUACCAACUGAUAUUUUCCAGUGGAUGCAGGUCCAAGACAAAGGUUUCAAACUUAGGAAGUUAAAAGAGAGGGCUUCCCAGGUUGCUCUGUUUGAGAAUGUGUGUCAAAUAUUGGUGCCUGUCUUCAUGGUGAACCACUGGGGCCUUAUCUAUGUCAAUUUUUCUGAUAAACAUUUGUAUUUUGAUGAUGGGCUUACCUCUGUGGUGCCUCAAGUAGCCCUUCCAUUGGUCAAAGAUGCUUUGGGUCUCCUUCUUGAAUUAUUCCCUGGUCACCCUUCCCUACAAACAAAGUUUUGGCACUCCAUCGAAGGCUUUGUGCGAUUUGGAAUGCCUUCACAGUUGCCCAUUGAUGGUAAAAUGAUUGGUGUUGGCAGUUGUGGGAUUGGGGUCAUCAUGGCUGCCAGAGACUUCAUCAGGAAUGGACCAGCAACUGUCAACAAUAUCAAGUGGAGAUAUUCCAACAUGGAUAACCACAGAAAGGAACUAAUGUUGCAGAUCCUUAGAUGGGCUGGAUAUGAUUGUUAAAUCUCCCAGAA